CAACGACUCGAAAGAUCAAUGCCUCGAAAGAAGCUGCUUAAUUAUGCUAUAGCUUCUCAACUCUUGGUUGUCGUUUUCGUUUCGACUCAUUAAAGCUUACGACAUUUACUCAAAACAUAGCGCUGUGGAUCACUCGACUUCCUGCCGUCUUAUCCAUCGAGAUCACGCAUUUUCGUGAGAGAGCAGGCAUCAAACCAACCUCUCAUUCAUCUUCGGCGAUUGCUUGGAGGAUAAUCACAGGCGACUUGCGCCAACGCCAUCAACCCCCUGAUCACCUGGCUAUCUACUUCAAUCACAUACGGCAAACAUCUUUUGUCGCAUAGAACAUUAACUGUGACCAUGUCAGAUCACGAGUUUGGGGUUAAUGAUGAGCUCUCGCUCCCCAAGGCGACGGUCCAAAAAAUCGUGUCGGAGAUUCUGCCCCCCUCCGGAGGAAUCUCGUUCUCCAAAGAGGCCCGAGAUCUUCUCAUCGAGUGUUGUGUCGAAUUUAUCACCCUCAUCUCCUCCGAGGCCAACGAGAUCUCCGAGAAGGAAGCCAAGAAAACCAUAGCAUGCGAUCACAUCACUAAGGCUCUUGAGCAGCUUGGUUUCUCCGACUACGUUCCUGCGGUACUCGAGGCAGCUGCUGAACACAAGGAGGUUCAGAAGGGCAGGGAGAAGAAGUCCAACAAGUUUGCUAACAGCACCAUAUCGAUGGAGGAACUGGAGAGGAUGCAACAGGAGGCUUUUAACGAUGCGGCUAAACGACAUUCUUAGUCUGGGCAAGCGGCCGCAGGACUCGAGAUUGUAGAGUUGGCUGUGCGAUGACUUAUGACGAUGGUGAAGAUGCACGUGCGUGGGUUGGCGUUCGGCGACUGUAUUGGAGGAAAUGUAUUGCGUUGGUGGCCAGCAUGUUGCUGCCGGGGGUUGCUUAGUUACUCUAUACACGGAUGGGUAUUCUUUUGAGCCGUUCACUCGAGGCUGUUAAAUUCCAAUAUCAACUUGCGGGCUCCCAGCCACAACAACUGUGGCCGAAAUACCAUCAUGAGACUCAUUUCCCAAC